CCCUGUCGAGUAUUGUUUCCAAGUGCAUCGGUCCAAAGGUCAACGAUUGGAAAUAUGAAUCUUUAUAUUGUCCUAGUGGUUGUAUCGGUGUUCCUAAACUUUAUUCAAACAGCGCCGAGUGUGGACAUUUCUAACGAUGAAUUGAUGGAUGGAAAAUAUCUAUGUGAAGCUGGCUCAAAGAAGUACGAUGGACCUUUUAUAGUUAGACUUAUUUCCGCUGCCAAUGGACAAACGGUCGUGUGCUACGAGUGCAGUCAAUCGGAUUUUAAGGCGAAGUACACCGUUAAGCCCUGUGGAGAUCGAAAGAUCGGGACUGGGCAUCACAGAGACAUGCUGCCCUACCUGGUGAGGAUGGACCCGAUGUACAAGGACACCUGGAGCAGUAAGCUCAAAAGGAACUUCGAUGAGAUCGACAAGGCUUCCGCCAGCUUCAGUAUUCUCAACCAACUCGUUUAGUGAUACUCCCUCCAACCAUUGUAAAUGCUCACGGAUAUGGAUACCGAUAACGAUCGAAUAUACUCUUAAAAUGCUUCAUGUCAAGGGAUUAUAGAAAAUAAACAAUGUGCAUUGCAUCCUCAUAGAUAUUAUGAUUAAAACAAGCGUUUUUGUUAUUAA